UAUGGAAAAGAAAGGAUAGAAAUUUAGGGCGGAAGCGUGGAAGGCGACCCGAAAUCUAGCGCAGCAGUAUUUUAAUUUCCGUGAUUUUCAUCUUCUAGGUUGAAUUAGCGGAGACACGAAAAUAUAGCGAGAAAGAGAAAAAGAAGUGCAGGAGCCCACUGUUUUUGAGAGAAAGAAAACGUAAGGAAACAUGCAACACGAAAUGAACAAACCCCUAAACUAGAAAGAUAUUUUUUGCCUCCCCCACCCUCCAAAAGAUAGCACCUUUAGGGUUUUUUGCCUCUCCCUUCUCAUGCCAUCUCGCCGUAUCAGUUUUGCGUACCCAUGUGGGUUUCCGUCUCAUGCAAAGCUUUGAUUUGGUUUUCUGUCUGAUGCUGACGAAAAUUGUGGGAAUUUCAUUGUAUAUUUGUCCACAAGAAACGAGAAUAUCGGUUUGAAUACAGGAGUUUGAACAAGACGCCUGCAGUUCGUUUUGAAUUUGAGGAAUUCGAGGAGAGAAAGAGGGGAUAAAUCUUUUCUAAAUUUGAAUUUGUUUAGGUUUCUGAGUAUGACUACAUCCUGGGCUGAUUCUGUUUCCGCGGCAGAAAACGCCACCCCUGCUCCAUCCAAGGGAACCUAUGUACCACCACACCUGAGAAACAGGCCGCAGCCUUCAUCAGAACCUACUAAACCUGCAACAGCUUCCUAUUCCAAUCCUGGUGCAACAGGGAAUGAGCGAGCUCAUUAUGGGGCGCCCGGCGGUGGUAGUCGUUGGAAUGGUCCUAGAAAUGAGUCACGCUUCGGCUAUGGUGGGGGUGGGGGUGGUUGGAAUGCGAGAACUGGUGGUUGGGAUCGUGCUGGUCAACGGGAGUCAAACCCAUUCGGAGAUGAUGUGGAUCAACCUUUUGAUGAACAAGAGAGUUCGAGCAUUAAUUUCGAUGCAUACGAAGAUAUUCCUGUUGAGACGAGUGGGGACCAUGUGCCUCCUCCGGUGAAUACGUUUGCAGAAAUUGAUUUAGGGGAAGCUGUAAACAGUAACAUUAGGAGGUGUAAGUAUGUGAAGCCUACGCCUGUUCAACGUCAUGCUAUCCCAAUUGUACUCUCCGGAAGGGACUUGAUGGCAUGUGCUCAGACCGGUUCAGGAAAAACGGCUGCUUUUUGCUUCCCAAUCAUUAGUGGAAUCAUGAGGGGUCAGUUUUUAAGGCCACCAAGGCCACGCAUGGCGUUACCUCUUGCUCUUAUUCUUUCUCCAACCAGGGAGCUCUCCUGCCAAAUUCAUGAAGAAGCCAGGAAAUUUUCAUACCAAACUGGAGUCAGGGUGGUUGUUGCAUAUGGUGGCGCACCCAUAGGCCAACAGCUGCGGGAACUGGAGAGGGGCGUGGAUAUACUUGUAGCAACCCCUGGUAGAUUAGUGGACUUGCUGGAGAGGGCAAGAGUGUCGUUAGAGAUGAUCAGGUACCUGGCUUUAGAUGAAGCAGAUCGGAUGCUGGACAUGGGUUUUGAACCCCAAAUAAGGAAAAUUGUGCAAGAGGCUGAUAUGCCCCCACCUGGUGUAAGGCAGACAAUGCUCUUCAGUGCUACCUUCCCGAAAGAGAUUCAGAAAUUGGCAGUAGAUUUUCUAUCAGAUUACAUCUUUUUGGCUGUUGGGAGGGUUGGAUCAAGUACUGAUCUGAUUGUGCAAAGAGUUGAAUAUGUUCAAGAAACUGACAAGAGAAGCCAUUUAAUGGAUCUCCUCCUUGCACAAAUGGCAGAUGGCAAGCAAUGUCUUACCCUUGUUUUUGUGGAGACGAAGAAAGGAGCCGAUUCUCUAGAACAUUGGCUUUCUAUUAACGGUUUCCCUGCCACAGCUAUACAUGGCGAUAGGACACAACAGGAAAGAGAACAGGCUCUGAGAGCUUUCAAAAGUGGUAGGACGCCGAUUCUGGUUGCAACUGAUGUGGCGGCACGUGGUCUUGACAUUCCUCAUGUCGCGCAUGUCGUCAAUUUUGACCUCCCAAAUGAUAUUGAUGAUUAUGUCCACCGCAUAGGAAGAACCGGGCGUGCUGGGAAAACUGGUUUGGCCACUGCUUUCUUCAAUGAGGGAAAUUCUUCCAUUGCAAGGUCAUUGUCUGAUCUAAUGCAAGAGGCUAAUCAAGAAGUCCCUGCUUGGCUUUCCCGCUUUGCUGCCAGAUCAUCCUCACAUGGUGGCAAGAACCGCAGGGGCAGUGGCGGCCGCUUUGGUGGCCGUGAUUUUAGGAAAGAGACGUCUUACAGUAGGGGCAGUUCAGACUUUUAUCCAGGCAGCAAUAUGGGGGGUGGUUAUGGCUCGUUUGGCGGCGGGUAUAAUAGUGCCUCAUAUGGUGCUGGUGUGGCUAGUGCUUGGGAUUAACAAAUUCAAAUUUGUCUGAUUUAGCAACCCGAGUUUUAGGUACUGCUAGAAACCAGUUCCUCGAUGUGGGUCCGGCAGGGAGGGAACCUCCGUGGUGGGGUACGCCAGUAGUAUAUAAUUAGAUAUGUGUGGUGCUUUUAUUUUAUUUUUCUUUAUUUUGUCAGGUUGAAGAUAUCUUGGCUUUGUACUCUGAAGUUUUGAUGGAUGGAGGUGUGAGGGAG